AUGGCCAGCAGCGGCGGCGGCGGCGGCGGCGGCGGCGGCGGCCACCAGGAAUACAUUGCGCCUUCCUCGAUCCCCGGCUCCCGCCUCACUUCCCCCGACGCUGCACUCGCGUUUUCGCGCAGUUUCGCGUGCGUCAACGAGAGGGGCACGUGGCAAUUCGAUAGCACGCCACGUCUGCUGCCGUGGGCCGUCGCUGGCCAGCACGGCGGCUGGCAGUGCGACCAAUCGUGGCUCAGCAAGAAUCGCGCCGCGCACACCUCCCAACCAUCUCCCGCAGCUGCUGCGGCUAGCGCCGGUGCACCCCCCCCCAAUGCCGCCAGCGCGUCCGCCAAUCUCCCGAGCUCGACGCAAGCGCCGGCCCCGCCUUCCGCGCCAUUUUCCCCCCCGCUCCGCAGAUUGCUGUCCGUUGACGCGUUUCCAUCCGCCACUCCCUCUGGUGGCGCUGACGCCGAAUCAGCUUUCCAAGGGGAUGAGGAGGAUAGGGCCGAAACAGCGGCCGUCGAUGCCACUCGUGCUGCCAGCGCCGCACCGACAGCAGCUGCUGCGGCAUCUAGCGGGGGCGCGCCCCUGCCUGCUGCUGACAGAGCGUCGUCUGCUCCUCGUGGCAUCGCAUUUGCUGGAGAGACAGCGGGUGGCAACAGCAGAAGCAGCAGGAGGUACGCGCACGUGGCGUACGCAGCGGCGGACAGGGUGGUGAUGGAGGGCAGGGGGGCGGAGGAGUGGCAGGUGCGCCCUGCGGUCAAGUAUAGGUGGCGCUUACCCGCGCGCGGGGCGGAGGGCGGGUGCGGGGUGGGGUGGCGGGACGUGGAGUGCGCGCAGCUGGCCGCGGGGCUGACGAACGGGCGGGGGAAGAUCCUCAUGGUGGGCGACUCGCUGACCUCCCUGGCGUUCCUCUCCUUCCGCAACCACAUGCGCAUGUGCGCUGCCGCAGCUGCUGCCGGCGCCCGGGCUGCGCGCGCAGGUGACACAGGCAGCGCUAGCAUGAUGGGUAGGGACAGCGGGACGAGUGGCGAUGAAGGAGAUGGGGGCAGUGGUGAACCCCUGUCUGCUGCUCCCCAGUCCUUGGUACCGCCCCUGCCUGCCGAGGUGCAGGAGUCGAAGCUAGCAGUGUGCGCAGCAGAGGUGCAGCAGUCGGUGAUGCGAGACAUGCAUGGGCACAUGCUGUGUGACAGCGUGUCGUACGGUAACACCACCAUCGCCAUGGUGCGCAAUGACGUGCUGCACACCAACCGCACACGCCACCUCGAUUUCCCCCGCUUGGUCUCCUUCCCCUGGUUCAACGAUGUGCUUCCGGGGAGUGACACUGCUGUGCUUGUGCUGAACCGCGGGGCACACUAUGUGGAGGAUGAGGAGUUCACAGAGCAGCUAAACAGGACUCUUACGAGAGUGCGAGAGGUGGCACCAGACAUUCUGAUCAUCUACAGGAGCACACCUCCUGGGCAUGCGCACUGUGAGAACAUCACCGCUCCUCUCAAGGAGCCGCAGGACCCAGCAUCGUUGCCGUUUCACUGGGGGGAGUUUGGCCGACAGAACAAGCUCGCAAAGCAGAUGGUGGAGGCUGUAGGGGGUGUGUUCAUGGAUGUAGAUCCCAUGACGAGGUUACGAGGGGAUGGCCACAUGCUCCCACCUAAUGAUUGCCUUCACUACUGUCUUCCUGGCCCUCUGGAUGUGUGGACGCAGCUCCUGUACAAUAUGCUGCUUCAGCUGCUAUAG